AUGUGGCUGAACAUUGAUUUUGGAGAAAAAGCGGCUUUAUCGUUUGAUGUGGUUCUCUACGAGAACGCUUCCAUGAAUUUACCCUAUGAAACCUUUCUCAAAGACAGUCAUGUGACGCUACACGGUGGCCUAAUAAGAGGUCUCAAUUCGCUGAUUCUCUCUCUGAACGGAAGAUUUGAUGUCUACCCGCCAACACUGCUUAAUUCUUCGAGUCCGAGUAAUUUCUACCUAAAAAGCAUUACCGUUAAUGACGGGGGCCAUUUCACAUACCAGGGAACGACUAAUGACUCUUUGUCAAUCAUUCUGGAGGAAAAUUUCACUAUCCACGGUGGAGGUAUGGUGACUGCCAACAACAUUAAUGUUACAGCUAAAAACAUCAGGAUUGAUACCAAUGGCCUCAUCGAUGCCAGCGGAAAGGGAUUCCGUCCCGGAACUGGAAAACGACAGGCUGUGUGGGAUGGUCGCUCAAGUUCGGGUGCUUCCCAUGGUGGCCUCGGAGGACGUGGUUCACAUGGAAACCACGCACCCAUUGCCUAUGACAGUGUCUUGAAUCCCAUCAGAUAUGGUGGCGCUGGAAGUUUCUCAAGCUCGAAAACAAUUGGAGGUGAGGGCGGAGGUAUCGUUACACUGAAAGCACAGAAUGUGAUGGAGAUCGAUGGUUUGAUCUCUGUCGAUGGAACUGAUGCUCAGACCGUGGGAUUGGGUGGCGGCGCAGGCGGAAGUAUACAACUUGUUGCUAACAACUUUAAAGGCCGAGGUGAACUCUCAGCAGUUGGUGGAAGUGGUUCCUGUGUUCCGAAUUGUGCCAGAUGUAACAGGGAACGCAAAUGUGUUCAGUGCAAGAAGAAAUAUUGGUGGAUUAAUUACUUGUGCUUACCACGACCUAAUCAUAAUACAGAUUACGCCCGCGUUGCCGGCGGUGGUGGAGGCGGAGGUAGAAUAGCCAUUCAUGCUUUGUCUCGGUACGACUUCCAUGGUUCCUACAAGGCUCUUGGAGGAAGCAGUUUCAUCGAAAGGGGAGGACCCGGAACCGUUUAUUACAGAGCAGGCAACACAACCUCCUUGCUGAUAGACAACGGUGGAUACAAGCCUCAAGAGACUUACAUCAGAAACCCGACUGAAGACACUUCUCGCGCUUACAUUGUAACAGAUGACCUCCACUUAUCUGAACUCAACAUUGAUUCGCUUGAAAUUAAGAAUGGUGGACAUCUUGCAUUCGCAGAUGGGAAACAUCAAACGGUUCCUGUCAAUAUUGGCAAACUCGUCGGUGAUUACAGUGGCAUGAUCCAUACUUCUGUUAACCAUCCUCUUCAUAUAAAAGACAGCCAGAGUCCAUUUCCAGCAUCAUUUGGCGCAUACGAGCGAACAAGUAUAACAUUACCAAAAGAUCACUCAAGAAACAUUCUUUCUUUCUCUUUCUCUCUCUCUCUCUCUCUUUCUUUCUCUUUCUCUCUUUCUUUCUCUUUCUCUCUCUUUCUCUCUCUCUCUCUCUUUCUCUCUCUCUCUCUUUCUCUCUCUCUUUCUUUUUCUCUUUCUCUCUCUCUCUAUCUUUCUCUCUAUCUCUCUUUCUCUCUCUAUCUCUUUCUUUUUCUCUUUCUCUCUAUCUUUCUCUCUCUCUCUCUUUCUCUCUCUCUUUCUCUCUCUCUUUCUCUCUCUCUUUCUCUCUCUCUUUCUCUCUCUCUAUCUCUCUCUUUCUAUCUCUCUCUUUCUCUCUCUCUCUCUCUCUAUAUAUAUAUAUAUAUAUAA